AUGGAUCAAAAAUGUUUAUCAGUAUCAAAUAGUCAUAUUGCUGAUGGACUUUCAUUGCACGAUUAUAUUGUUGGUGUAAUUUAUGAUAAAGUCAAAGAUGUAUAUUUAAUGAUAAAUUAUCGGCAACGUGGUGGUCUUUGGUUUCCAUUUACUGAAUGUCGUAUUAAUGAAACAUCAUUGCAAACAGUUAAACGAUUACUUGAUCCAGUUGUUAUUUAUGAUUACGAGCAAAUACAACUCUUUAAAGUUUGUUCAACAAAAACACUUCCAUUUAAAGGUCGCGAUGUUCUUUUUUAUGCUAUUAUACCUAAAUCAACUCAUGCAAUCAGUGCAUGGUUGAGUGGGAAAAUGGAUGGUAUUGAUAUUGAGCGACAAAUAAACACUUUACAAGAUAAUAGUAUUGUUUGGUUAACAACAAAUCAAUUAAAAUCUAUAAGUAAACUAUCACGAUUAUUAGGCAUGGAGCCAUUAUCAUUAAAUAAACAAUUUAAAGAUAUAUUUCAUUCAACAAUAAAACUCAAUAAUAUAAAUAGUGCAGUUAUAUUUGAAGAAGUUAAAAUUCCCCAAAUUGAAACAAUAUCGAAAACUUCACAUAAUAAUUCGGCUGAAACACUUGUUCUUUCAGCUAGAUUUACAUCAACUAUUCAAGAAAAACUCUAUGAAGAAUAUCAUAAUGCAGUUUUACCUUCUGAUUAUCUUAAUUUAGAAACAUUCAAAGAAUUAAUAUCACGUAAAGGUUUAGAAUCUCAACAUUCUAUAGAUUAUUUUCGUGCAUUUGAUUCAACACAACGAAACUACUUAACAUUUCUUGAUUAUUUACUUGGAUUGGCUGCACUUGAUCCAAAUACUCAACAUGGCGGUGUACCAGCUGAACAACGUUGUCGUUAUAUAUUUCGUUAUUAUAAUAUAAAUAAUAAUCAACGCAUGACAUUUGAAGAAUUUAAAUUAAUGAUUAAAGAUAUACAUAACAAUAAAGGAGAAAAUCUAUCAGGUGAUAGAUUAAAUGAUCAAGCGCUACAAAUGUUUCGUUUAUUUGGAUUACGAUCAUCUGAUCAGACAUUGAGUUUGAUGGAUUUUCUUUCAGGCGUUGGUCAACUUCGAUUUCGUGGUACAUCUGUAUUGUUUCGAUUAAGUAUGUCAAUAGGUGACAUUUUUCAACGGUCAUCAUCAUCACCAUCACCAUCAAUAACACCCAGUACAAUGAUGAUGCCAUCUGCAACUUCAAAUAUCAUAACAUCAAAUCGAAAUUUAAAUAUAAAAACAAUGACGCAUCGAUCAGCUAUACAAGAGCCACUAUCAAAUAUGCCUGUUGACGAAUCUCAUCCAUAUGAAAUCGCUACACAUAUUGUUAAAGUAAAAAAGACUGGUGUUGUUGUUGAUAUAACAUCGUUGUAUGAUUUGGAAAUAGCAGGAGCGAUUAGUGGUAGUACAGCAUUAUUUUUUGAUGAUGAUAAUGGAAAAUGUGAUCGAAUAAAUAGUCAAAAUUGUUUCAAUAAACGUACGCAUGCAAAUGAAAUGCUUCAUGGAUUACGUUAUUUUGAACGAGCAUCAAAAGAAGGUGGAUCUGAAUUAAAAGAUGCUUUUACAUGGGGACCAGUAGACAUGGCAGCCAUGGCUCGCUGCCUAUUAGUUUUAUGCAAACAGGUUUAUUCAAUUUUCAUGAAAGAAGAUCGUCUAUUACGUAUUUCAUCUGCUUGUUACAUUCUGGGUGAUUUACAUGGAAAUUUUCGUGAUUUAAUUUGUUUUGAAAAAACAUUCUGGCGUCUUGGACCUGUAUUGACACCUGCGUCGAUACUUUUCUUAGGUGAUUAUGUUGAUCGAGGGCAAGAAGGUAUUGAAGUUGUUGCUUAUCUUUUUGCUCAAAAAGUUCUUUGCCCGCAUAAAGUUUAUCUUUUACGUGGUAAUCAUGAACUACGCAAUGUUCAAGAUAUGUUUCAAUUCCAUGGUGAAUGCCAUCGAAGGUUUGGCGUAGAACUUGGCGAGCAAGUUUGGGAAGAAAUUAAUCGAUGUUUUGAUACAAUGCCUAUAUGUGCUCUUGUUGAUAAUCGUAUUUUAUGUGUUCAUGGUGGUAUACCAUCAUUAGAUGUAAAAAGUGAUUUUUUUAAGUUAGUUUCACAAAUUCCAUGUCCGUUACGUGAUCCAGAAAAUGAAUCACCAUUUGCUUGGGAACUUCUAUGGAAUGAUCCAUUAUCAAAUGAAAUAAAUGACUUGGAGAAUAGAAACGAUGGAUUUAGUUUGAAUGUUCGUCGAGGAACAGGCUUUUUCUUUUCGUCAAAAGCUUUGACUGAUUUUCUUCAUCAAAAUUCACUAUCUUAUGUUGUACGUGCACACGAAGUUCAACAACAAGGAUUUAAAGUUCAACUAAAUGGUCGAUUAUUAACAGUCUUUUCUUCUAGUCAUUAUUGUGGCGGUGAAAAUGAAGCCGCUACGGUUCUAUGCGAUUCAAAUAAGCUUCGACUCAUUCGAUUAGAUACAAGCAGUUGA